AUGAGCUUGGCGCCGCCGGUGGUCCCAAACCCGGAGAGCUUCACUUUGGUGGCAGAGGGUGAGCUCGUGAAGGAGGUGGCCAAGCCCGCGAAGGCCAAGGAGGAUAAGGCUUCGGCGGACGAGCUGGGACCCCUGCCGGCGAAGGAGCGGACGACGCUCACCACGCCUGUCACCGAGCUGCCGGACAAGGAAGAGAUCACUGCCGCGCAGGCGGAGAGGAAGCCCAUCAAGGGCAUCCCCGCCGUGGAGUUCCGGGCGCGCUGCGACCUCAUCUUCGAGAAGUACGACAAGGACAAGGAUGAGGUCCUUUCCUUCGAGGAGCUGUGCUGCCUCAUGGAGGCGGGGGGCCGGCGCAUCGAGGAGUACGACGCCUACGCCUCGCUGUGCCAACGCUUGGACUGCGACGCCCGCGUGGGGCUCACCCGCAAGGAUGUGUACAAACUCUUUGAGAAGGCGCCCCAGGCAGUCUGGGAAGAGGUGUACCGAUCUAUCAACCCGCUGGCGCAAAUGGUGAAGAAGGGUGCGGACAGGCUACCUGACACAUUCCUGGAGCGCCCCAUCACAGAGUUCCUCUUCGAGGAUGAGGAGAUGUCCAUGCAGGCGCAGAUGCUCAGUGAAGCCAUGCAGCUCGGACGAGGUCUCGGAUCGCUGUAUGGCCUCUUCUUGCUGAGCCGCCGCGGCAAAGAGGAGCUGGCGGAGGUGGUGAAGGCGUCGAGGAAGAGCCAGCUUUGCGAGGAGGACAAGCGGGAGCGGUCCCGUUCCGACACCGCGAGUACCGCCAGCUCUGACGGAUCCUUCCACGCGGAACACGUGGACGACGCACUUGAGGUGGAUGCGAGCGCCUUUGAGGAGAUCUCGGAGACCUUCAGAGCUCCCCCGGGGCUCUGUGACCAGUGGGCCACGCUGCCGCUGCCACUGCGACCACAUCUGCUGUCGCUUCUCAGCAGUCGGCGCAGCAGGCAGCGGCUGCGGCUGGUGGAGCAGCAGAGCGGCGCCCAGCUGGCGCUGGACCACGUGUGGAACGUCCUCCACAUCUCCGGAUCGCCGGCAAGCAUUUGGGAGGCGCAGCAGCAGCUGGAGGUCAUGGAAGGCUUCACGGUGGACAUCUCCUGCGCCAUGUGGACCGAGCUGAUGCGCGGCCGGGGGAAUGAGGAUGCCUCGCCGCUCUGCUUGAGCAAAGUGCAAGAACAGGUGGGCCACCGUGUGCAUGUGGAGCGCGACGCUUGGGCUUUGCGGGUCUUCGCCCCGCGCAGCGCGGAGCCGCAGGUGACGACGCUCAUCCGGAGGCUGGCGGCACGGUUCGCCAGCGAGACCUUGGAGCUGCCCGAAAAUGCCGAUUGGAAUCUGAUCAAGAAGCUGCAGCGCAGCAGCCUGACCCUCCGCGUGGAGCCUGGGCGUGUGGAGUUGGCGGGGCUCAAGGAGGAGGUGCAGCAGGCAGCCAAGGAGCUCACGGUGCGGAUUGUCUUCGGCGUGGUCUCCGUGGAGGUCACCUUCCAGAGCGUGGACGAUCUUCGAGCGCAGCUCGGCCUGCCUGAAACGCCUCAACCCAAGACCUCGCGAGCGCCUCCUCUGGCCGUGCCGCGUCCUGCCGGAGGCUCAGAAUUCAAGGACCAGGUCUGCUACGUCUGCGAAGACUCUUCUGAGCUCCGCUUCGGCUGA